CGCGCGCGGCGCGUGACGUAGCGGCGGGCGAGGCUUUAUAAGGGGAGCGCGCGGCGGGCGGGCCGUUAGAAGCUUCUAGCAGCCGGUGAGGGAGGUUGGGGGGCGGCGGUGCGCGGCCACAGCGUUCCGCCAUGACCCGUGGGAACCAACGUGAACUUGCUCGCCAAAAGAACCUGAAGAAGACUCAGGAAAUCCACAAAGGGAAAAGGAAAGAAGAUAGCUUGUCUGCUUCUCAGAGAAAACAGAGGGACUCUGAAAUCAUGCAGCAGAAACAGAAGGCGGCUAACGAAAGGAAGUCUCUGCAGGCAGAAGCAAAAUGAAGCAUCCCUGCAGAGUAGACAGGAGUGCACCGCUGCAGCAGAAAGGCCUAGAGGAUCAUUUGUGAAAAUGGCCAGCCAUUAAAUGAUUUCAGUGUUAAUCUUGCA